AUACUCGGUGCAAAAAACGGUGCCGUGAAAAGGAACAGCGGUGACGUUACAUCGUGGAGUGUGCUGUGUUGUCACCAGCUGUUGUCUGAAGACGAAGGAGAAGUGGAUGUGUCGAUUGAUUGUGCGCCGACACGAGCCGACCGGCAGCGCCUAGCAGCACGUCUGGAGCCGAGAGAUGUUACCGGAUGAAUGAUGGAAACACCGGAGUCUGGCCAGUCAGCCGGGGAUAGUACCCGUUACAUAACUGAAGGCAUCGAUAAGACAGAAACUGGGAUAACGGACUAAUACAGCUCGGAGUUGAAGCCAUUUUUCUCAGCCCAGACAGACCGUCACGCCAGCCGAGGUUCAAAGUAACACCGUUUCCACAUCGUGCUUUGAAGUGGGAAGACCGGCGUCAUGAACGUGGGCACGGCGCACAGCGAGGUGAACCCCAACACCCGAGUGAUGAACAGCAGAGGGAUGUGGCUGUCUUACAUCCUGGGCAUCGGCCUCCUGCACAUCAUCCUGCUUAGCAUUCCCAUCGCCAGCGUACCCGUGGUCUGGACCCUCACCAACCUCAUUCACAAUCUGUGCAUGUACCUCCUUCUUCACACGGUCAAAGGGACGCCCUUCGAGACCCCAGAUCAGGGCAAGGCUCGUCUGCUUACACACUGGGAGCAAAUGGACUAUGGUGUGCAGUUCACGGCUUCACGCAAGUUCCUCACCAUCACGCCCAUUGUUCUGUAUAUACUAACCAGCUUCUACACCAAAUACGAUCGGGUCCAUUUUGUGGUCAACACCGUUUCCCUGCUCACUGUACUCAUCCCCAAGCUGCCCCAGCUGCACGGCGUGAGGAUCUUUGGGAUUAAUAAGUACUGACAAGGCGGAAGAGGACACCUUCUUCCUUUAGAAGUCCCCGUAGACUGCUGAGAGCAGUAUCAGGCCUCUGAUUUGGCUGCAGAUCCACAAAGAUCCACGGCUCUCUGGCUCUAGUCUCUGCUGAGCACUACUCUAAAUGAGGCCUGCUGGGGAUAUUGCCAUGGCACCAAACUCCAGGUUUACAGAGCACACAAAGGGAAAGUGCGCUGAAUGUUUGUGGCUUGUCUCCUUUUGAGUUACAGGUUUUUCAGAGACACUUAAAAGCAUAAAAGCGAGUAUUAUGAUAACCAUUUCUGAAGGAAUGACAAUUGUAUGAUGUGUCAGGGGAAGAGGACAAUGGGCAAUGGACAAAUACCAUGUGCCAUUUUACACCCACUGGCACACUGAGGCUGUCGUCGAAAGUUAUUUUGUAUGUGAUGAUACACUGCUGUAUUUAGUCAGCUGCUUCCUUUUUUUGAGGUUCCUGGGCAGAGAGAAGAGUAACAAUACUUUAAUAAUAUGGUAAGGAACCUGGGAACUGCUGCAGAGGAGAGACAGGACAAACCACAAGGUUUUAUAUUUAGCCCUGGCUGUUCUGCUCGGGGCCAAGAUUGGGAGGUUAAGCAACUCUUGCUUUUAUCUGACCAUUUCCAUAUUUGGGCUGCUCUUGUCCUGGUUUGAAAGCCUCCUGUCUGCAGAGUCGUCAGGUCUGUGUGCACAAAGUAUGUGCAAGAGCAGUCUACUGAUUCAACAUACAUGCAAGUCCUGCAACAUGAGUUAAGAGAAGUAUUUCUAUUAAUAGUUACAUUCUAGGGACACGUGCUUGUCCCUAGAAGUACUUUGGAAUUGGCAUAGGCCUCAGUUUGGAGCCACAUCACACACUGAGAUAUUAGUUUAUUAGGGAAGCCUGUGCAAUCUAAUGUCUCCUAUGUAGUACCCUGGCAGUAAAACCGGAAAUACUCAAAGGUGUUUCUAAUGUUUUGUCCCCUUCCCACUCCCCAAUCACUUAUGAAAGGGGCAGAAUAUUAGAAACAUUAGAUCCAAAUCUACAUCUUUCAAGUACAUGGUUCUCUCUCUUUACCUGUCAAAAUCCUCUUUAGAGUCCAAGGAAUUAGUUAUUCUGUAGUAUGUAAGUGCUAAAGGGAUUCUGAGUUAUGGUACAAAGCUGCACAGAGCAACAAAGUUACUGUCCAUUUCAGAUGUUUAGGGAACUUGUGGGUACAUAUUGCCAGUCCAUUGCGUGUGUAUGAUGUACAAUUUCUUUUUUACCAGUGGAAGUCAGAAAUGUUCAUGAGCUAUUUCACAAUGGCAGUUGAUAUCCAGUAAGUAGUUAUGUCACAUUUUAGGGAAGCCACACUUUGAUUUAUUGAUAUUAAGCCAGAAACAUAUAGUCAUUGAAUUAAUGGGAUAAUGGUUAAGAUUACUUUAGU